GAAAGGGAAAACUCCGAGGUAUGCAAUUUCACCAUUACAAAUUGUUCGCACCUUUGAAACAAAUAAUUUGAGUCUCUCCUCCCACAGUUGAUUAGUGGGAAACAAAAUUGAAGUAGGCGGGUUAAAAGCAGGGAGGCGAAGGAAGAAACGUAUGGGAAGGCUUACAAGGUGCCACGCGUCCAUGAGAGGAGAAGGAUAAAACGUUGCGAUGCAGAGUGAGAGAUUCCAGUGUGGUAAAUAGGCAGGCAAUGGGGAUGGACCAUCUUCACCUGCAUUUUCCUCCUCAUCCUUCUCAUUCUUUAACUACACGAUGGAGUCUGAGCGCCCUUCCCCAGAGGAGGAGGAGGAGAGGGAAGCACACACCCACGCACUUGCAUUUGCACUCUAACAUUCAUAUUACAAGGGCUUGUUGGCCCAGCAAGAGCAAGGGGAUCAGUAACAGCAUCAGCAAAGAAGAAGAAGAAGAAGUAGAAGAAGUAGUACACGUAGAAGACGCUAAUGAUCCAUUUCGACUAAUAAGGCGAUAUAAGCUCAUUGGACUCACUUCUCUUGCUUUUGUUAUCUGCAACAUGGAUAAGGUUAAUCUUAGCGUAGCAAUAAUUCCUAUGUCACAUCAGCUAGGAUGGAAUGCUUCAACUGCAGGAUUGGUCCAAUCAUCUUUCUUUUGGGGAUAUGCUCUUAGUCAAUUGCCUGGUGGAUGGCUUGCAAAAAAAUGGACUGGAAGGAAGGUUCUUGAAUUUGGAGUAUUGGGUUGGUCCCUUGCAACUGCUGUUGUGCCGUUUGUCGCAGGAUUUAUGCCUGGACUAAUUAUUUCUAGAAUUAUGGUUGGCAUUGGUGAAGGUGUCUCUCCUUCUGCUGCAACAGAGCUUAUUGCCAGAACCAUUCCCUUAUCACAACGUUCAAGAGCAGUUGCAUUUGUCUUUAGUGGUUUGAGUGUUGGAAGUGUUCUUGGGCUCAUAUUUGCCCCACCUUGUAUUGAAAAUUUUGGUUGGGAAUCCGUCUUUUACAUUUUUGGUUUACUUGGUCUUCUCUGGUUUGUAGGAUUCCGGCAGUCUGCAGAUGAAGAAAACUCAGCUGUUCCUGUACAAACAACACCCCUUGAUGAGAGAGACAAGAAUAUGAUAAUUGCAGAAAAUACCAGACAUGGGUUAAGUUUGGUUAGCAGCACUUCUGUGGACCCACAUGCUGUUUACCUUGAGUCUGACUCAGGGGCAGUCCCUUGGAAAGCAUUCCUAAAGAGUCGAGUUGUAUGGGCAAUGGUUUAUGUUCAUUUCUGUGGCAAUUGGGGUCACUAUACAUUCUUGUCUUGGUUGCCUACUUACUUCAGUGAGGAGUUGGAUCUCGAUCUCACUAAUGCUGCUUUGGUGGCAGUUCUUCCUUCACUGGGAUCAAUUUUAGUUUCCAACAUUGCAGCUUCAUUUGCUGACAAAUUAAUUUCCAAUGGAAUUGAAACAACAUUUGUGCGUAAGCUUUGUCAAACAAUUGCUUUUGUAUCCCCUGCCAUUUGUAUGACUAUUUGCUCUUUGGACUUGGGACUAUCUCCUUGGACAAUUGUAGCAGUUAUCACCACUGGCUUAGCUCUCUCCAGCUUUGCAUUAGCAGGAUUGUACUGCACCCAUCAAGACAUAUCUCCAGAGUUUGCAAGCAUCCUUUUGGGACUGACAAGCACAGCUGGAGCAUUUCCAGGAAUUGUAGGAGUUGCGCUAACAGGCUAUCUUCUUGAUCAAACUCACUCUUGGACUUUGGCACUAUUUGCACCUUCCAUCUUCUUCUACAUCACAGGAAGUAUAGUAUGGCUAGCUUUUGCUAGCAGUAAGCCUCAAAAUUUUUUGAACGGAGACUGAUUAAAAUUUAUGUUGAAUUUAUUGGAAAAAUGAAUGUGAAUGUGGUAUAUUAUUACCAUGCAUAUGAAGGUUAAAAUGUCAUGAAAUACUUCCCAGUUCCCUAUUUGAGACAAAACGGCACAUUUGAUAAGGAAAAGCUAGAAUAUAAUGGAAAAGGCUGCAUUCAUUCGAGUUUAUAAAUUGUGAAAGGUUGUCGAAUCACAUGUUUGAUAGUUUUAGUAAGAAUAUGUAUAUUAAUGUAUGUUUUCCAGUGGCUGUUUAAGUUUGUUUUCUAUUUAAAUUUGAGCAGUCGGAAUA